AUGCCUGUCCCCUCCAAGUACCCCCUGGUCGAUAUCCCAGAAGUGGAUCUUUGGACCUUUCUAUUUGAGCGCACUGAUAGAGCUUAUCCAGAUGACAAGACAUUUGCCAUUCUCUUGAGCUUUCCUUCCACUAACCCCCAACUAGUUAUCUACCAAGAUGCCGAUACCAAACGCCUUUACACAUACAAAUCGCUACGUGAUGCCUCGCUAGAUUUCGGCAAGGGUCUGAAAGCCCUGUAUGAGUGGCGCAAGGGCGAUGUACUGGCCCUCUUCACACCAAACAGCAUCGACACACCCGUCGUGAUGUGGGGCACACUUUGGGCCGGCGGAAUUAUCUCGCCUGCGAACCCGGGUUACACGGUUGACGAGCUGGCCUUCCAGCUCAAGAACUCUCAUGCCAAGGGACUUGUAACGCAAGCUUCGGUGCUGUCUGUUGCACGGGAAGCUGCGAAGAAAGUCGGCAUGCCCGAGGACCGAAUUAUUUUGAUUGGGGACCAGCGGGAUCCAGAUGCGCGCAUCAAGCAUUUCAGCUCUGUGCGCAAUAUCUCUGGUGCUACCCGCUACCGUAAGCAGAAGAUCACUCCUGCGGCGGAUGUGGCGUUUUUGGUUUAUUCGUCUGGUACUACAGGUGUGCCUAAAGGUGUCAUGUUAUCGCAUCGGAAUAUCGUUGCCAAUAUUAGACAGCAGUUCAUUGGUGAGGGUGGAAUGUUGAGUUGGGAUGGCGGUCUUGAUGGGAAGGGUGACCGGGUCUUGGCAUUUUUGCCGUUCUUUCAUAUCUAUGGAUUGACCUGCUUAAUUACCCAGGCUUUAUACAAGGGUUAUCACUUGAUCGUCAUGUCCAAAUUUGACAUUGAAAAAUGGUGUGCCCACGUGCAGAACUACCGCUGUUCCUUCAGUUACAUCGUCCCCCCUGUGGUGCUAUUGCUAGGCAAGCACCCAGUGGUCGACAAAUACGACCUUUCAAGUCUUCGCAUGAUGAACUCCGGCGCCGCACCGCUCACGCAAGAGCUGGUAGAGUCAGUCUACUCCCGCAUCAAGGUUGGCAUCAAGCAGGGCUACGGACUCAGCGAGACCAGCCCAACUACACACUCCCAGCGGUGGGAGGACUGGCGCGAAGCUAUAGGUUCCGUUGGCCGCUUGAUGCCUAAUAUGCAAGCUAAGUAUAUGACUAUGCCUGAGGAUGGAUCCGAACCUAAGGAGGUUGCCGAGGGCGAGGUCGGCGAAUUGUACCUGAGUGGACCUAACGUUUUCCUGGGAUACCACGAGAACCCAGAGGCUACUAAGGGCUGCUUGUCUGAGGACGGGUGGUUCCAGACCGGUGAUGUUGGAUACCAGGACGCCAAGGGCAAUUUCUACAUUACCGAUCGUGUCAAGGAACUCAUUAAGUAUAAGGGCUUCCAGGUGCCUCCUGCUGAGCUGGAAGGAUAUCUGGUUGAUAACGAUGCUAUUGAUGAUGUUGCUGUCAUUGGCAUUGAGAGUGAGGCACACGGCUCCGAGGUUCCUAUGGCUUGUGUCGUUCGUAGCGCGAAGAGCAAGUCUUCUGGAACAAGUGCGAAGGACGAAGCAGCGAGAAUUAUCAAAUGGCUGGAUGGCAAGGUCGCUAGCCACAAGCGUCUGCGUGGGGGUGUGCAAUUCGUGGAUGAGAUCCCCAAGAACCCCAGCGGGAAGAUCCUGCGUCGGAUUCUGAAGCAGAAGUUCAAGGGCGUGGCUGAGGCACCCAAAGCCAAGCUGUAA